GACUUACGGGCAUCUCUCGCAUAUAUUCUCACACUUCAGAAUGCAUCAUUAGAUGACCCCGGCACUGGUCUCAGUCCAGACGCCAUCGAGAGACUCAAGAAUCUACCCAACUACGAUGACCCUGAACUCAGACUUGCUAUCUGUCUGUACCUGGCACUCACCAACGCCGACAAUGAUUACACAAAAGCAGUCUCUGCUAUCAACGAGUACAAUGAUGCUGAGCUCUCUUCACAUCAUCAGUCGCAGAUCACCGGAGUUGAGGAAAUGAAGCACAAUAUGUGCAUCAACACUUGCAUUGGCUUCACUGGCCCUUUUGCAUCUCUCAAUCACUGUCCGGAGUGUCAGGAGUUCCAACAUGCUUUGGUUCUGACAUUAUGCACUUAUUAUCACUCAAUAUCCCUGACCUCUUAA